AGAAAGGGGCUCAUGUGAUACAGUGAUUUCCUGCGUGUUUCCUGGCUUCUGCCGCUGCUUAUGCUCGCCUGCCCUCUCUCCCUCUCUCUCUGGCUUAUUCUUUUGCUUUGUCUGUCGAUAGAUGCACUCUCUGGAGAGAGCACCAUGUUGCGCCGGAAGCCAUCCAAUGCUAGCGAGAAGGAUCCAGUGCAAAAGAGGAAGCUGUCCCUGCAGCGGUCUGGCAGCUUCAAGGACUUUGCCAAGUUCAAACCCAGCUCCCCUAUGACAAGCGAAAAGGAAUUCAACCUGGAGGAGGAGGUCCCUGAAAGCAGUCAGGCAGACUCUCUGCCCAGCCCAGAUGACUCAGGCCGAAGCAGCAGCUCAAAGCUGAGCAAGAGAUGGAGGGCUGUCAUCUCCCGCACCAUGAACAGGAAGAUGGGCAAAGCGGCAGCCAGAGCGCUUGCAGAGCAGGGGGAAGCUGAUGACGCUGCAUCUCCCAUCAGUAGCCCCAUUGAAGACGAAGCCCCCAUCUUCCCAGAGGCAAGUGACGAGACCAGCAGCCCUCAGUCACCAAAUGGGAGUAAGUUGUCCAGUCCCAGACUGAUGGGGAGCAGCUGCAACAGCAAGAUGGGAGAAGAGGGUGGCCCCGUGCCAUAUGUUGGCCCCUUCUGUGGAAAAGCCAGAGUUCACACAGACUUCAUCCCCAGCCCAUAUGACAAAGAUUCUCUGAAGCUUCAGAAAGGGGAUGUCAUCCACAUCAUUGCAAAGGCCCCUGCAGGCACGUGGACAGGCCUGCUAAACAACAAAGUGGGCUCCUUCAAGUUCAUCUAUGUGGACAUCAUCCCAGAAGACCCUGCGCCAGUUACAAAGAGCUGUUUGCGAAGCAGAAGCAAGAGGCCCAAACCCAAGACCUUGCAUGAACUGCUGGAGCGCAUGAAUCUUGAGGAGCACACCUCGACAUUGCUACUGAAUGGCUACCAGACCCUGGAGGACUUCAAGGAACUGCAGGAGACUCACCUGAACGAGCUAAAUAUCACUGACCCACAGCAUCGUGCCAAGCUGCUGACAGCAGCAGACCUCCUGCUAGAUUAUGACACAAGCAGCGAGGCUGAAGAUGAAGGAGGAAGCUUGGAGGCUCAGGUGGUCCCUGGAGAGCCGAAGGGGGACAUUCCCCGGGAUUCCGGCUGUUUUGAAGGGACAGAGACACUGGACGGCGGGCGAGAUGACUCCAAGCUGGGGGAAGGACUGCAGCCUCUCUCUGUGGCUGGCUCAUGCUGAGAUAAGGCCUUUCCCUUUCUACCCUGGCAAAUGCAAGCAGUCAUCUCAGAUGCUCCUGCCUCCAAGCCAGAAGAUAACAGCUGCGCUGCAAAAGCAUACUUGGCCUUCUUGCAUGUUGGCUGAAACUGCCCCCUCCCCACCCAAGCUCAGGAAGUGAGAACUACUGAACAAUCUCUUCAGCCAAGGAUGGCUGCAGCUAUCCCCAUAAGCCCAACCCCUUCCGGCUCAAAACAGCCCCCACCACCACUCCAAUGCACAACAUAUGCAUAAAUGAAGGCUGGAGGUAGGAAUAAAUAAAUAUGACCCGUAGGCCUGCAGAAAAGCAGCAGAUACAGAGAUCAAUGCACUGAGUGCAGCCAUUGCUUCCCCCGACUUCCCCUCUGUGCUGUGAAAUGGGAAGAGGCUCCCUAGUAGCAGCCACAACUGAAAAAGUAGCAGUGGCCUGAUCUGAAGUGGGGGAUGAAAAUGGACACUUUGAUUCUUUUCUCUUUGAAUAUACCCCAAAUUAUCUUUGUUUAAAAUGGUGUGUGGUACUACAGGAAGAUCCUGGUCAACAACAGGUAGGUACAUUCCCAGGCCAGCCGAGCUAUCUCUAGAACAAGCAGCACUGUUUGGAUUAGGAGAUCUGCACACUGCUGGCUAGGGAUAUUGGCCUCUGUCUGGCAAAAUGAACUAGGGUCUCUUAGGCAUCAACCUCUUGUACAGGAUUCCCAAUAAAUAAAUAAACCUCCAAACCACAGCUCUGGCCUCCCUGUCUUAU